AAUGUAAUUACUGUAUGUUCAUUAAUGCAGCUGAUUUUUCUGACUUCCAUUUUUUUGUUUCUAAGCAACGGCUGCUUGACCACAUUUUGGAACGACUCCGCUCUCGUUUAGAGCAUAUUCUUGGACAAUUGCCUCUGGAUUUGGACUACUUAGAGUUCAUUAGCACACAAGAAUUUGUAUUUUUAAAUGCCAUAUCCAGUCAUGUAGCUGUUUCACAGCCUAUUUUAGAUGCCUUGACAGAGCUACAUAGCCUUGUAAAUGUAGAAAAAGAAAAAAGUAAGCAACACUAUAAAACUGUGCAAUUUGAGCAAGGACCAGUUGGACGACCGAGAAUGGUCCUGUCUUUGGAAUACAUUUCCAGCCUUUUGGACCUUAAUCUGUCCAUCCCAUGCAUAGCUGCGCUUUUGGGGGUGUCGAGACGAACAGUCCAUCGACGCAUGGCUGAGUCUGAUCUCUCAGUUAGGGCACUGUACAGCACUCUGACAGAUGAAGAAUUGGACCAGUGUGUGAUAGACAUUAAAUCCAGGCAGCCUCAUUCUGGAUAUCGAAUGGUGAAAGGACUUCUUCAAGCUCAAGGACUGCGGGUGCAGUAUGAACGGGUCAGAGCUUCCAUGCACCGUGUUGACACCAUCAGAGUCAUAUCCCGAAUUACCAACUUAGGUUGCAUUGUUCGAAGAACCUACUCCAUUCCUAGCCCUCAGUCCUUGAUGCACAUUGAUACCAAUCAUAAACUAAUCCGGGUACGGGCUGAUCAGGGCGUGGAAAAUGUAGAUAUUGCACGCCUCAUGUUUACAGUCCGUGGCACUGGAAGGGGCAGCUUCAUAUCCGGCAAGAGUGUUCACAAUCAACGAAUCGAGAGGCUUUGGAGAGACCUGUGGGUAGCUGUCACAAACAUCUACUAUGAUGUUCUCCACUACCUUGAAGAAGAGGGCUUCCUCAACAUCACCAAUGCUAAACACCUCCUCUGUUGCCAUUAUGUGUUCCUGCCACGGCUGCAAGAUUCCCUGGACACUUUCCGCAGUGGCUGGGACAAUCAUCCAAUAAGAACAGAAGGCCAUAUGACCCUUAAUCAGCUGUGGGAGCUGGGCCGAAUCCAUCACCCAAUUCAAGGCCCAGAAAAUAUGGAGGGUAUGGAUUUUCCUCACAUUGAGUGGGAAAACAGUGGACUUACUGCUGAUGGCUACUCCAGUGUCAUCGUCCCAGACACAGAAAGCUUUAAGAGAGGUUGUUGACCCAAGAGCUGCAUCCCAGUCCUUUGGCUGUGAUAUCUAUGUUGCUGCUGUUCAAUUUUGUGAGCAUGUUCUAUCUGAAACCUGAAAGACACACACAUGCCCCCCUUGUUUCCAUAGUGUGUCAGAUCAGGGCAAGCUAACUACCAACAUUUACAAGACAUAAAUGCAUUUUAGGCAUUUCUUGUAAUUGUUUUGAGUUUUAUGAACGGGCCUUUAUACUGUACAGAUGUGAACAACUUAAUUGAA